AGCCAUUACAGUUUCAUCAACAAGCCUGCCUUCUUGAUAAAAUCGUCAUCUUAUUCUCAAGAAAGAACAUCACAGAUUUGCUUGCGGGUUUUGAGAGAAUUGGCGUCCUAUAAUUAGUGGGUUUUUGUGAGGGUUUCAUUGUUCUUGAUCUUUUGGUGUUUCUGCGAGGGAGAUUUUUUGAUUCUUUCGAGGAGAAGGAGGAGGAGUAGUAUUCGUUUGCCAUGACUAUGCAAAUCAAGAAGCUGGCCUCUUCGCCUUCGCGCUCGGGCAGACAUAUGCAGCGUUACAAUCAAGGGUUUCGUCAGGUUGUUGGAUGUGUUCCAUACAGAAUUAGGAAAACCAACGAAUCACCUGAAAUUCAUGGGACCUUAGUUGAAGACUUGGAGGUCCUGUUGAUCAGCUCUCAGAAGAGUCAAAGAAUGAUGUUCCCUAAGGGUGGUUGGGAACUUGAUGAAGAUAUCGAAUUGGCCGCUUCACGAGAGACACUAGAGGAAGCCGGGGUGGUCGGCUUGCUUGGGGAUAAAUUAGGUGAAUGGAUAUUCAAGAGCAAAAGCCAAGAGAAGUUUCAUGAGGCAUUCAUGUUUUCCUUGUUGGUCACUGAGGAAUUAGAUGUUUGGCCAGAGAAAGAUCUCCGUCAACGAGUUUGGAUGACAGUUAAUGAAGCGAGAGAAGUAUGUGCUCAUUCAUGGAUGAAAGAAGCCUUAGAGGCCUUUGUUUCUCAGUUCACGCCCCAGCAAAGAGUGGAGGAUGAUCCCCUUUCCUGUAGAUUAGAAUUGUGCAGAACCGAAGAGUUAAGACUGAGCAUUGGAGUGGAAAGCUCAGAUGAAGAAGCCGACUGUUUUUUGGUUAGCUAAU